AUGUGGUUCCUGGAGCUGGACACGAACUUGCCCACCAACCUCAUGCCCGCAGGCUGGAGAAGUGGCUCUGCACAGCCACUGCCACCAUCCCAGGCAUCCAAGGACCACAUGAAUGUGAUGGUGCGGCCAGGCCUGACCGUGGUGGUGAACGGUUCCUUGGAGCCCUGCAUGCAGCUGCUCAUCUCCUCCAUUGGCAUGGUGGGCAAGGCCAGGAACCGUCUCACAGCGUCUCUUCGAGUUCCUCAUCAAGAUGCUGGGGACUGGAUAAUUACCUGCUUUUUCCUCCUUAAGCCCUUGAAGAUUGGCAAGAAAAGGACAGUCAUGAUUUUCUUACGAUUGACAUGGAGGGUACUCAAUGCAUCUGUGAGGCAGUCGUCCCUUCCAUAG